AUGUUGAUUUUUAAAUGUGCAUUUAUUAUAUUAUCCUCAACGUACAUUUUAUCCCUCUGUUUUCAAAUUGCAAAAGAAACGAACUCUCUUGAUACUGGCCUUGCGUUUUUGUAUGUGGCCAGCGGAGCAAUAGCUGGAAAAAUCAUUUAUGACAGAUACCAGCAAAUUCAUGUAUUAGGUUCACUAACACCUAAUCCCAAUGUGACUUCCUUUGCAAAUAGGAUUGCUUCUCUUUCGGCCUCAUUUUUGUCUUUGGGCUUCCUAGUAUAUUUGUUACUAUUUAUGUUUAAGGUAGAUAAUCGUUGCUUAACAGCCCUAAAUAUAUUUAUAUGUGCCUUUGGCACUUUGUACUUAUGGGUUCAGUGCAUCAUAACGACAUAUAUUUCUACACUGUUUUAUGAUAAAAACUUGUUAACACUUCGACAAUGUUUUACCAACGUGAGCUUCCUAUUAUUAAUUAUAAUGGCCAUUUUUGGCACCAUAACAUCGUUUUUACCAGAAGCUAGCACCAGUGGUUUACAUGUGUGUGUUAUCAUCACGUCCUUAUGCAGUUAUUCACUAACAGCUAUUUUCUGUCUAUAUUUAAUGUCCUUCGAAAAGGAAUACAAGUAUUUUGCCGUGGAUUUACGAUCCGAAUUAUUGUUAGAUGACGCCUGUUCUUUGAAUAAUGCGUCACUCUCCGACGUAGACAAGGCCGUGCCCGCACAGGGCACGGUCACACGUACCAUAGACAAGGCCUCCAACACCUUAAGCUAUGGUACAUUUGGUAACAUUAAUGGGAGUUUAGAUCAAGUAGACAAUGAUGUACGUACUCCAGAAGAAGAAGUCCUGUUGGACAACACCGACAGUGGUAUGUCUUCCGAAGAGAACGAGGAUUCUCACAACGCGAGUGUAUACAACAAUAAUAAUAAUUUACAUAGUGUAAGUCGAACAGUGGACGAAACGAAGUGCCUAAAAAACGAUACUCAGUGUGCUGUGCGUUGGAAUGAAAUUCCAUGUUGUUCGAAAGAUGUUAUCAACAAAAACGUGAACGUCGAUCACGACGAAAUGUACAGCGGGUACAAGUCGGCGGAUAUUCUGAACGACAAUGAAAUAAUCAAUUCUGAAUUUAUUGUGAUAGAUCUGACAUGUGAUGUCGACAACGCUUGCGAAUCCAGCAAGUUUAGCGAGGAGAUCAUCGGUACAAACGUGUAUAGCGUUGAUUGUGAUAGCUCGAGCAUUAUUAGCGUAGAAUCAGGUCAAACUAUAGUUCCUGUCGCUAACAAUGAAAUUGUGGUAUCCGAGAACCAGAAGUUGGUCAGUUUAUCGCUCUCCAUACUCCUUGCGGCGCUGUUACAGGCGAUGCGCUGUUUCGCCCAGUUCAUAGAGGACAUAGUUAUUCCGCAGCGG